ACAGUAAAUCUCAGAGCUGCUCACUGAGCGUCAUGCAGGACAUCUGCUGUCCGCACAGAGCUGCGCACAGCGCAACACCGGACUACCGCCUUCAAACACCGCAAAUGACUGGAUCCAAGUUUUCACACCGAAGAGGAAACACUGGAGAUUUUAAGUGUUUUCGGAUUCACUGCAUCUCUUCUGAUGUCUGGAGAAGCAUUAUUAAAGAGCUUUAACUGAGCAGACUUAUAAGGAGGAAUCUUGGCUCCUGCAGCCAUUUCCCCUGCAGAGCUGAGCUCUUUGGCUGGCUUGCUACUUCCUUUAGCAGAGGGGCUGCUGGCAGGGGCAACAUCUAAGCAGGUCAUGAAGCCUCAAGAGGCAGAGCUUGUCACUGAAAUCUCAAAGUUACAAUGCAUGGUCUCAGAGCUGAAGACGGGCUUCACCAGUGCUCUGCUGGAGCUCAGUAAGAUCCAACAUGGAGACACGUACCUGAGGGAGGAGCUGGAGGAGAACAGGAGGAGCUGCCAGAAGAAAGCUCAUCGUCUGGAGGCUCUGGUGGAGUCACUGAAGGAAGAACUUGGAGUGAUGCAGUGUCAGAUCUUGCAGCUGUACAGUAACAGACAGAGACCUCUGCAGGAUGGAAAGAGCUCCACAUCCAAACAGAGAGAAAGCCAUGAUCCAGCAGAAUCGGCCUGCGAGCGGAGUCAGUGUGAGCGUCCGUCUGCUCCACCAGCCUGUCUGUCCAGAGGGAAACUACUCCUCCACUGUUUCCUGCAGGGCCUCAAAGCAGGACUGAGUGAAGGCACAGAUGCACGACAUCAAGUGGCAAUGCAACUUCUGCAUUCUGAGUGGGAAUACGUGUCAACCUUAAACCAGCUAUAUGAUAAAUACAAGACACCACAGGAUCACCAGAUGACUGCGGAGCCAUAUCAGACAUAUCAGAAGUUUGUGGAGCAGCUGCUACAGCGACAUCUGCUCUUCAGAAACACCCUGCAGGAGCGAUUAUCUGCUGAACACUGGAAAUCUCUGGUCGGCGACAUCCUGGUGCAGCUUAUCGGCCAAAAUGACACAGCCUUCUCGGAUAUGUACCUUGGAUACACAACUACCCUGGCUUCAUUCCUCUCGCUGGAGUUCAACAGACUAAAUCAUCCUGAGAAAAGUCAGAAAAUGCAGAGCGACCAGAUGGAGAGGGAGGAAGUGAAACUGCUCUCCCUGCUGUUGGCACCUGUCUCUCGCAUACACAGCUACCUGAGCCACAUUCAGAACUUGUUGCAGUGGACGGGUAAAGAGCAUCCUGACUGCAGCCUCCUGCUAGGAACUGAGCGAGCGCUGAGGAGCAUUUUGUCUCGCUGUCAUGUGAUUCUGGAGGAAGACGUCCGGUGGGAGGAAGGAGAAGGAGCUGGAGAAAGCUGCUCUGAUGCAGUGGCUGGUGGAUCCUCUGCAAGCUGUUGCAGACGAAGCCAACAGACCAGAGAGUCUCAGCACGAGUCCAACGCCGCAGCUCAGAGAGAUGACCAGCAGGCCGUCGGCCUCACUAACGGAGUCGACGGCUGUCACUCGAUGCGUCUGGAGUGCUGGUCCUGCAGCCCAGUGAGGAGGAAGGGCUGCGAAAGAGACUGGACCGCCCCGAACCAACCAGGCCAUGACUGUGGACACGCCUACUGCUCCCUCCUCACUCCAGACACCGCAGGGUGGGGAGAGAACAGCGACUCCGGCCAGGGCACCUUCAGCCAGCCCACCGGGAAAGGCACCAACGAGCUGGAGGCACCUUACACUAACCACGGCCUUGAGGACGGUGAGACAGACCCAGAUGACACCUCAGCCUUCGACUACUCCUCUGUCACCUCCUGCAGCCCUGAUGGCACCCUCCGCAGGGAGAUGAUGGGCAGCAACAGUGGGGAGGAUGAAGAGGAGGACAGCCAGGUGCCGGUGCUGUUAAAGCCCUCAUACAACCAACAGCAGUCGAGGGAGGCACCCAGAGAGAGGACUGUGUGUCUCAGGUGGCAGAUUCCCAGACUGACCCCUCACCCUCCUCUGAGAAACACUGCAGGGCCGUGCGUGGACGGGCCGAAGCCAUGCCUCGUCAGCUCCUACGGGAAGAGGCUGGUUAGUGUCAGGAAGGGCUCGCCUCCUUUACAUCCAAAAAGUGCCUUCAGGCCCAUCUGGGAUGAUCCAUCCAAACAGGCUGAUUCAGCUCCAGAGAAAGACAACAGACAAGGCUUCAUACCGAUUCAAGCUCAAGCGAGGCAAAACUUUCAGAAUUUCAACACGAGCAGAGAAAACCUGAGACCAGGCCUGCCUCAGCAGCGAGGUAACCAUGCGGCAGCCAUGAGCAGUGGAGGAUUGUGGGACGACAGUGAGGACAGUGAGGGACCCUGCAGCACCGUUUGACCCAGAGACAAGAGGACUUUCUCUAAAAACUGCUGCACAAAACCCUUUAAGUUACAACCAAACUGAGCUCAAGAUGUGAUUUAUUUAAGAUCCAUUUUCCCAAAAGGCCAUGACAGCAAAGUUAAUGACAAAUCGAUGGUCCUUAAACUGGAUGUGGGAUUUUUCUUGAUCUUCUGUUAAAUCUGAAUCUUUUAUGAACACUGCGGACAUCUUGGUUUGUCUGUUUAGUUCUUCGGGAUUACAAUUUCGACAUGUGGGACAGCAACCAGAGGAUGUGUUCAGGGGUUUUAGUGUCCAGAAAAUUAGUAACACGGAUUUCUCAAAACACAGACAAAAAAAUUGAAACAUUUCCUACUAGAUUUACAUCUUAAAAAUCCCACUUUACUAUAGAAAACCAUAUUUAUUUGAACUAACUGAAAGUGAGAGGGUGGUGGUAUGUGAGGAGACAUUUUUAGUGUAUAGCUGAAGGAAGGAAGGUACUAAAUAACACAUUUAAUUUACUAGGACUAGACUAGAAAAUAUUCUCAUUAAUUUUCUGGUGAAGAGUUAACACUAAACAAGAAGAUGUUGUCACGCUUUACUUUUGAAUAUAGCUACUGUUAGCAGCUGGUUGGUUAGCUUAGCACAAAGGCUGGAAACAGCCAGAGUGACUCUGUUAAAUAGUCAUCUAAAGCUCACAAAUUAACACAUUAUAUCUAGUCUGUCUAAUUUAUAAAAAAAAAAUAAAAAACAAGGUGUAAAAACAGCAAUUUGACUUUCUAACGUUUUCUAGUCAGGCACAGUAGCGGUCUCCGCUGGUUGCUCGGCAACAACUCAGAACCACGAAAUAGUCCGGUACACGAUAUUUCUUUUUCCCCCCAGGAUGGUGAAGUUUUGACCCGCCCUAUUCUGCCUCUGACUUUCUUACCCCAACCCUAACCAAUCCCACUCCUCAUGCCUAAACCAAACGAGUACUAGCCAAUCAGAGGCGGCUAAGUAUCAUUUUUUAAAACUGUUUUUUGGUACAAAUUGUAUAUAUCUGUUAAUUAGUGAGCUUUGGAAGUGCUGGAAGAUAUAUUUGGUUACACUUGGAUAGAGCCAGGCCAGCGGUUUCCCCUUUUCUAGUUUAAACUAAGCUAACUCGGUGCGAACGUCUAGCUGUAUCUGUAUAACCUAAAUUAACAGACACAUUAAAAAGUGGCAUCAUAUUCUCAUCUCAACUUCCCCCAUUAAGCAAAUAAGGGUAUUUCAUUAAACUUCAAUCUACUUCUUUAUCAAUAAAUCAAUAUUUUCAACUGUGAGAAAAUCUGAAUUGACAGCGAAAGAAAAAACGAGAAGAGAAAUGAGCAGUUCAGUACAAAAUAAGACUGGGUGAUUUAUUAAUCUCAUCAAGACCAUUAAUACAAAGCAGUUAAAAGGCCACAUACCAUCAAAUAAACCGACUGCUGGAUCAAGCUGUUACAGUGCCACCGGAGGAAAACCAAUCUGUUAUUCUGUCGGGGCUGGGGUUUAAAAAAAAGAUAAACAAAACAAAACAAAAGUUUGGCAAAAUUAACCCCACCAAUACUGACUUGGGAAAUUUGGGAACUGGACAGAACAUGAGCCGAGACAGUGAAGUGAUUUGACUUCAGCCGUCAAUCCUCCAUUACUCCCCUUUUUACCUCUAGUUUAAUCAUCCAUCACCAUCCGCACAACACACAGUGAGAGGAAGGGGAGGAGGAAGAGGGCUCUGUGUAUUUUCAGGGCAAAGCGAGGAGAGAAAAAAGGGCACGAGUAAGUUUUUUUUAAUUUUUAAAUGUCGCUGAAAUCCAGCUCGUGGUGGUCAGACAUCCUCAGGUCUUUGUGAGUCUUAUAUAAACAUCGUGGGGAUAAAAGUGGAGGUGGUAGACUCGUGUUUUUCUGCCCUGAUCCAUGUAGAAAGUGAGUUGAACAGUUGCAUAGGACCAUUGCAUUUACAAACAAGACCUAUAACAACUGCGGCUCUUCAACAGUACAGCCUAAAGUGCACAAAGUGUAUUUCUCAGAAAAAUGUCCAAUUCUUCACUAUGCUCAAAUACUUGCAACUGAAUAUAGGUCUGUGUAUAUUCAACUGCAACUUUAAUACAAUUCCAACCUCUGUUUAAUGAGUGUUAGCAUUAAAAAAUCUUUGAAAAGGAGAAAAAGGCAAUUAGUAGGAUGUACAAAGUGAAGCACACGUCUAAGUAAGUGCUUGGCAUAUUGAACUGUGUAUUUUUUUUUCUCCAUUGCUUUAAAACAGCUAAGGGGCAGGGAAGAAAAAAUGGCUUUCCUCAGUUAAUACUCCCAGUGUUUCAACUGGAGAUUGUCUGUAAGUAAGUUAGUGACAGUGACCUGUUUUUUUCUUGUUUUGUUUUUGUUUUUUUUUUUUUUUUUUAUCCGACUGUAGCAGCAUUGGAUUAUUAGGCAAUAUUCAACUGAACAGAUGCGGAUGAGGGUACAAUACAACAGGGAAAAAAAAAACUUGUCACUUUAUACAAAUUAUUUAGUUAGUGUAUACAUGUUAUAUAUACACAGUAUCCACAAACAUGUACAAUUUCAUAGUGUAUAGCUUUGUUCUAAACAUUACAUAGGCAACUUUAUUUUUUAGCAUUUUAGACACCAUUUGCUUAUUUCUGUAAAGUAGAAAACAAAAUAAAAGGCACAUCCGAGCAUGA